AUGUGGAUACUAUCAGUGCCCAGUGGCACACAUGAAGGAGAAGUCAUCAAGAAAAUAAUUCUUCCGAACAAAGAGUAUUCCGUUGGAAGAGGCCGCGAUUUGGAUAUUAGCCUUGCGUCUCAUCCUUUCAGACAAUCAGUUUCACAAAUCCAGUUCAAACUCCAAGCUCUGGAAAUAGCUGAUCCAAUAAAUAACAAUAAUAAAAUCCCACCGAUUAAAAUACUGGUCUGCGGAAGAGCAAAAACUCAUAUAAGUAAAGAACAGAAGUUUUCGAUUCGUGAUGGUAAGGAUCCUAAAAUAUUGGAAUAUAAUACAAGUCCAAUAAAAAUGGAGUUUGGCAAAGAUCAAGCUAAAUUGAAACUAGCUUUGAUUUGGUCACCUAUCUGUAUAGGGUAUUCUGCCAAUGACAUUAUAACAGACGGUGAUAAAACACAAGAAGUGGAACAAUUUCUCGAAAGUAAUUUGAAAGGAUUGAACAUUGAAUACUGUGCAAGAAUUACUGAAAACACAACAUGCUUUUUACAAUCUGACAAAUUAUCCACCAAGCUUGCUUUGGCAUUAGUGAAAAAUAUUCUGAUAGUUAACCCAGAUUAUGUUAAAGUGAUCAAAAGACUUCUGGAAACCCCUGUUAUGGCCAUUGAUCAAAAUUAUGAUGACCAAAAUAUUCCUAGUAGAGAUAUUCCGCCAUCAACAACAUUAUUGGAAUAUGACAUGGCAAAAAAGUUCCCCAAAAUAAUGGAUUACUUUCCAAAUGAAGUGUAUCGACCUAAUCCUGAAAGAUUGAAUUUAUUUAGACAUUUCACUUUUGUUGUGACUGAUAAGUCCCAAUUCCAAAAUUUAGAGGAGACUAUUAAAGCCGGAGGAGGUAAAGUCAUAUAUUAUGACCUCGAUGCAUACAUCGAUGCUAAUGAUACGCUGAAUAGCUCAAAGUUUGGGGGCGAGAAGCUUUAUGAAUAUUGUUCUAAAGUCAAAUCAGAUUCAAAAUUGGUGUUAAUGAAGGGACUUACAGAGGAUGACCCAAUAAAGCUAUUGAAAUUUAAAAUGUUGAAGAGAGCUUCGAUUAAAUUGAAAAUAGCAUUGCAUAAUUAUCAGGAAUUUUUUGACGUCGUUAAGAAUUCUGACUCACUGAUAUUAUUGCCUGGGCAGAAUUCUGUGUCGGAUAAGUCAAUUGAAAAAGUACAUAGUGACCUCAAAGAAAAAUCUGAUGAAGAAAUAGCACCGCAGGCACCAUCUAGUAAAAGAAGAAGAACAGCGAGGAAUCGGACUAAUAUAAUGUCGAUGUUCUUAGGCGGAAACGAACCAGUGCAAUCACAAGCUGGAUCUUCGUCAAAUUCGCCGGUACCAUCAUCAUAUGCCCAAAAAUUAGAGGAAGAUAAUUUGAAGGAGUCCCCAAAAUCCGUGAUGCAAGUCCCAGAUAGUAUACCGCAAAAUAGGGAAGGCGCCAAAACACUGGAUGUGUAUCACACUGCACAUAUUCAUUCUUUACCCAAUCAGUCACAAUUUUCAGAACCAGUUUCAAAUACCCAAGAACCAGUAGCGAUAAAGACUGAAGAGGAUAUAAUAGAAACACAGGCCUCCUUAGGAACUGAUGUAAGAAAAAGAAGAAGACCUGAACGAAAGCCGAAGAGAACAUUCGAUGAUCUAUAUGGGAUUACUCAAGAAAGUGUGGGUGUUCCUGUACAGAAAUCCGAAGUCGAGUCCCUUUCAAAAGUAUCAUAUAUGGCAACCAAAUUAGCAGAUACCAAAGUGGAGGAAUCUUUACACAUCGAAAAGAAAGCAGAGCCUUCGAAUCCCGAAAAAGAGUGUAUCGAGGGUAGUGACAAACAGCAAGAAGUUUUCAAGGCCUUUGAUAUUGUUCUUGGCAAGGAUCCCGAAGUCCCAUUACAGAUGACUCCGGAGUCAGAAGGCUCAGAAAACAGAUCAGAUAAUGGGAAAAUAUCCCUCAUGGAAGCUGUCCGUAAAACAAAGAAGCUGAUAGAUGAUAAAGCAAUAAAGGAAGUUGGAGGUGAUGAAGAUAUGAAGAGACAAUUAAGUAGGAAAGAAAUUGAUAAUAUCAGACGACAAGUCAAGGUUGAGGAGUUCGAAGUGACAAGAAAACAGGCUAAUGAGCCGAACGAAAGUGAAAUGACAAAAAGCGGAGAUUACUCAGAUUGGUCUACAAGAAAGAAUUUCAAAAAGUUCAUUAAGAACUCAAAGAAAAAUCAACAGUUGAAGAGGAACCAGGGAUCGGUUUACAAAGAAUAUAUAACAUUCGAGGUUUAUGAUCUUGCCAAGGACGGAAAAUUGAAAAAUAAACCAGGGGAAGAUGAAGUUGGCACCGUACAUAUAGUAUCCGAGAACGAAUUGAGUGUUUCAAAGGCUAAGGAAUCCGAUGAAGAUAGUGAUGAUGGGGGUAUAUCAAAGUCGGGAAAUCAUUUCAAAUUUUCUUGUGAUCAGGUCCCAUUGUCGACAACUCAGGAUCUUUUUGUGGGUGAUUCUGAAGAUGAUCAGGAAGUUAUGUACGAGACUAAGAAUGGUGCCAAAUAUAAUACAAGGCGUAAUACAAGGGGAAAAUCGAACUCACUCAAGCGAAGGGUUGCGGGGGAUGAUGACUGUGAAAAAGAUGAUGGUGAUGAUGAUGAUGAUGAUGAAGAAGAAGAAGAAGAGGACGAAGAAGAGGAAAGGUCAAUUGCAAGAUUCAAAUUUUCUAGUUGA